AGACAAGUCUAAACUCACCAGAAGGAAGAAUUCCGAAGAGAACUGUAAUCAGGUUGAGUCGCAGUGAGCUUCUUUGUCCUCAUUGAACGGAAUCUGAAAAAAGUAUGGAAUUGCAGGUGAAAUGAGAUGGCCUAAUGCAGGCCAUUAAGGAGACCAAUGCGAAUAAAUUAUUCGACAUUCUAGUGUUUAAAAGGAGAUGAUGAUUCACUACAUAGGCUAAGACAUCGAAGGCUUCUGAACUCAAAGAUGACAGGCUUUGGCUCUCCUUGCGGCGCAUGCAAAUUUUUGAGGAGGAAGUGCAUGAGAGGGUGUGUCUUUGCCCCAUACUUCUGCCAUGAACAGAGUGCUGCUCAUUUUGCAGCUAUUCACAAGGUCUUCGGAGCGAGCAAUGCCUCAAAGCUCCUCAUGCACCUCCCGGUCUCAGACAGGUCGGAAGCUGCGCUUACCAUCUCCUAUGAGGCUCAAGCUAGGAUUCAAGAUCCCAUUUAUGGCUGUGUCGCUCACAUAUUUGCACUGCAACAACAAGUAGUGACACUGGAAGCACAACUAGCUUCCUUGAAGGCUCAAAUUGCUCAAGGUUUAGCCAGUGGAUAUUUGUUGACUUCCCGAAGUCGACUUGACGAUGAGAAAUUGAAUCAGAAGCGACCAUCUUAUCAACCAGGACAGGGCUUCAAUCUGAGUGGAGAAGAGAGGAUGAUGCAGCCUUUAAUUUCAGGUGCUUAUGCACAUCAAGAAGGGAUGCUGUACUUCGACAAUGGAGUAGUCAAUUCAAACAACUUCCCGUCUACUCAGCAUUACGACCAACUUUCAUACAUGGACAGUGAUCAGACCUCCUUCACCGAAGACGAUUCCUCGAGUGCCAUGGCCUCACUCGACAUAGAGGCAAAUGCAAGGAGAUCGUCAUAUCUCGAAAUGGAGGACCUCCAGUCAGUAGCAUUUGGCCAUCUUCAUUGUGCAUGAGAGGCCAACUCAUGAAGCAUCAUCUUCAGUUUUGAUUCAUCAAAUUUGAGUUGCGUCACAAGCUCACGAAACUCGGAAGAAGCUUUUCUUGGUCCUACUGCUAUGCAAUACUUGAUGAGGCUUGCCAAUGUACAAUAGCAGUAUACCUAGGCAGAAAUAAGAGACUUAACGAGUUUUUUUAAGCUCACUGCCUUCAUAAUGGAGAAUGGUAGUAGUGCUAAGAUUGGCAAAUUAGGAUAAACAUCGGGAUUCGACACCUUAACUAGGAAUCAUGAUGAGCAAGGUUUUUUAUAUGGUUUGAGUCUGGAAAAAGGUGCUUAAAAUUUCAAUUAGCUACUAAAGUAGUAGAUGCUAUUGAGUAUCCACUUUAACAAACAAAUAACCUACUAGCUAUUACUUUUUAGUUAAAUGCUCAUACAGGUUGUAAGAUCCAAAACAAGUUCUAACUUCAAGGAUAAUGCUAAAGGCGAAUAUCCUCAUUUCUGAAGUAAUCUCCUCUUGCAGCAUAUUAAGGUUCUUGAAGAGUAAAACUCCAAGACAAAGUAAGGGAUAUUAAAAUUGCUGGCGUGAUAUCUAGACUACAGCUAUGUUUUGUUUUCUGAUGUAAUUUUGAGUAGAAGACCUAAAGCAAGGUGGAUCUAGAAACAUUAGUAUGCAACUACCAUAAAAAAUUAAGUAUAUUGUUGGUAACCAUUAACGAAAUCAAACUUGACAUGCAUCUUAUAAGCUUUUGGGAACAAAAAAUUGUCAUCCAAUUAAAUGUAACAUGGUUGCAUCCAAGGUUUAAUAUCUCGAGUCGCCUCGGAGUUUCGGACUUUAACUGGAAAUAGUAUGUAUUGAAGUUUUAAU